AUGUCGUUGGUGCCGCCGGGCGGCGCGGACUCGCCUAGCCCGAGGCGCGCCGUCAGUCCCCUGCUGGAGUCACGUCGUCCGCACUGCACACUAGCAUGCGAUUAUUGCGCUGCGAUAUUGGAAGAUAAAUUUAGACGUAAUGCUGAUAUGCGAAACCGGGGCACGUCACCGUUAUCAGUGUCACCACGUCAGUCCCUAACGGGGGAACCCCCCUGGGCCCUGCCAGAUGACGACCGACCGGACUUUUCAGCAUUAAAAGAGAACAUUCACAGAAUUAAUAAGGACUGCGAGACAUCCACGCGACUCGACAUGUUGCUGACCCAAGUGGAACAGUAUGCUAACAAUUUGGAAGCUUUAGUCGAGGAACGGACGUCAGAUUAUCUGGAAGAGAAGAGGAAAUGCGAGGAACUGUUGUACCAGUUAUUGCCUAAAUCUGUCGCUUCACAACUUAUAAUGGGGCAGCCAGUUAUGGCUGAAACCUAUGACCAGGUGACAAUUUACUUCAGUGACAUAAUCGGCUUUACUCAACUCUCUGCCGAGUCGACGCCCCUAGAAGUUGUGGAUCUGUUGAACGAUUUGUACACCAGCUUUGAUUCUAUCAUUGAAAAUUUUGACGUUUAUAAGGUAGAAACAAUUGGUGAUGCGUACAUGGUUGUAUCUGGUCUUCCAAUGCGAAAUGGAAACCGACACGCUGCUGAAAUUGCGCGUAUGUCAUUAGCUUUGCUUCGAGCUGUGCGAUUGAAAACAGUGCCACAUCGACCGGGGGAAAGGCUGCUAUUGAGAAUUGGCAUGCAUUCUGGUCCAUGUGUUGCUGGGGUGGUAGGCUUGAAAAUGCCCCGAUACUGCCUCUUUGGAGACACUGUGAACACAGCGUCAAGAAUGGAGUCUCAUGGAGAAGCUUUAAAAAUUCAUGUCAGUCCUAAAACUAAGGAAGUACUCGAUCUAUACGAUUGCUUUGAUCUUGAAUGCCGGGGCGAAAUUAUUAUGAAGGGGAAAGGCAAAAUGACAACAUAUUGGUUAUUGGGAGAAAAAUCAGGAUCGAACGAAAACAAUACAUAUAGGCAAACCAAUCACAAUGAUAACACUGUUACAAAUAAUCCCAGCAUAACCUUUCAAGGACCAGAUUCUCCCGCAUCCCAUUCACUAACACACAGCCACAGUCCAGAAAAAAAUGGAUUGAAAGAAACUAAUAAUAAACGGACAACAGAAAUUCAAGCUGAGAGAGAUCGCAUCAAACACGAAAUAGCCACUUUUGUAGCAAAGGACCUUAUAAAUAAUAUAGAUAAUGCUGUGCGAGAAUUCAGAUUAUCUGAAGCAAAAAUAAACGCAUCAGCACCAAAUAACAAUAAACAAAUAUGUAAUGGAAAUGGGAAAGGCCUAAUUACACCUACAUAUGAUAAAGAGCUCGUCAUCAAUAAAGGUAAAGUGCGAGAUGUCGUGAAUCGAUUUAAUAACACGAUAAAUAAUGUGAACGAAAUAGUCAAGAACAUGAAAACAGAAAAUUGCAAAAAG